AUGUCCUCGACAACCGCUGCCUCCUUCACAACCACCCUCCCGUCCUAUCCCCCUGUGCCUCAUCAGGUCCGUUCUGCUGUCCUGCCACGGCCCAAAACUCCUAUCAGGCCCAAGACACCCAUCGCGAGACCCAAGACGCCCGUUGCGAGACCCAAGACUCCUGUUGCGCGACCAAAGACGCCCGUCGCCCGGCCCAAGACACCCGUCACUAGGACUAAGACGCCUACCAUCCGCAAGUCUCGCUCGUCGCUGCGCAGACCCUCGACCGCCGUCUCUACCCCGAAUCUCAAGGCCGCGUACGAGAGACAGUCCAGACGGUCCCCUGCUCCGCCCCUUCCGCGGAAAUCUUCCCUCGCCGCGCUCACGCAAGCCUACCUCGCGAACCAUCCCGAUGUCAACAUCCAAACCCACGACUCCAUACUAAGCGACUGCACCACAUCUCAGCUGAACAUAACUGCCAACCGGAAAUCCAGGGACAGCAUGGCUCCUACAACGCCAGGCAGGCCGGUUGGUGACGACCUGGCUGUUGGCGACACUGUUGAUGUCCCCGGCUCUAUGCACGGCGUCGUCCGCUUCGUCGGUUCGGUCCAAGGAAAGAAGGGCGUCUUUGCUGGUAUAGAGCUUCACCCUGAGUUUGCUCCGCGUGGGAAGAACAGCGGUGAUGUAGAUGGUAUCUCCUACUUUGCAACCUCUGUCCCUGGCGCAGGUAUCUUUGUUCCUGUGUCCAAGGCUCUCCGCAGAGGAUCUCCAAUCCCUUUGACACCUGGCACCGCAGGGCUUAGAUCGCCUCACUCGGGGAAUUUCACGCCUCCUACACCUAGUCUACCUAAAUUCAGUCUCUCGGUCGGCCCAGGUGGCAGGGCACCUGGGCCGAGGACCUCACUUCCCCGACCGGAUUCACCGGUUCGGCGGACGGCAAUGACUCCGAAGCCCUCGAUUGCGACACCCAAAGUACCGUCCAGGUAUGGAAGCCCAACGAAUGCGCAGGCUGCGCGUUUCGCUCAAAGCAUGCGCGGCACGGCUGGCGAUCCCAGCAAGAAGUUACCACAGUUUAAUCAAAGCGUGGGCCCACGCAGUGCCUCUGCACUUGGCUCUGUCUCGGGUUAUGAUGAUGAGAACAAGCCUGCCGGACACCGGGCGCAGGCAAAUGGGAGCAUCGGCUCAGCAUCUUCUCUUGCUGGCAGGGCACGUCCGACAUCGCGUGCGAAUGGUAUACAUGAGGAUGAGGUUGAGCGGCUACGAGCACAACUGCAAGACCGAGACCGUCAGCUUCAAGAGCAGUCAGCGACUUUGUCCGAAAUGGAAAGCAGCUUGACCGAACUCCAAACGUUGAUGGAGCAUGCCGAAGGACCGGUGUCUGUACGGAAUAGCUUUGACGACAAAGACUCCAGCCAGCUACGCCAGAUCUUGCGGGAGAAGAACGAGAAGAUUGCUAUGCUCACCGCUGAAUUUGAUGCCCACCGGGCCGACUUCCGUAGUACGAUUGACGCUCUCGAGAUGGCCAGCACGGAAACCGAGCGGGUCUAUGAGAAGCGAAUGGAAGAGCUCAUGGGAGACAUUCGUGAGCUGGAAUCGCGGAAUAUGGAUGUAGAGUCGGUGGCAACCCAGCUGAAACAACUCGAGGAGCUUGUCCAGGAGCUCGAAGAGGGUCUUGAGGAUGCUCGUCGCGGCGAAGCUGAAGCUCGAGGAGAAGUCGAGUUCUUGCGAGGGGAUGUGGAGAGGACGAGGACCGAACUUCGUCGUGAGCGAGAAAAGGCCGAGGCAGGUGGCCUCGACAAGGACAAGUUGAAGGAGCUGGAAUUGAAGGAAGAUGAGAUUAGAGGUCUUAAGGCUAUCAUCCACUCACUCAGUCGGGACUCAGUCCCCGCCGAACCACCUCGACCCAGACGUCCAGGCUCACUGAUUCCGGGUGAUGCCAUUGAGAACAAGAUUGCUCGCGAUAACCUGGAGAGGCAGGUGGCCGAACUACAGGGGAUCCUCGAGCAGAAGAGCAAGCGGGAAGAAGAGCUCGAGCAAGAGCUUGAACGGGUCAGGAUCACCAAUAUCAACCCUCAGCGAUCCUCUUUCAGAGACUCGCGCGACACCGUCGUCCUUACUAGCAGGGGCCAUGACAACGACGCUACUCACAAGCGGGGAUCAGCUAUGGCUCCCAUGGCCGAGAGCGAUGCCAACUCCAGUGCAACUGAGAAUAGCACUCUUUGGUGCGAGAUCUGCGAGACGGCUGGCCAUGAUAUCUUGACCUGCACCAACAUGUUUGGCCCAGACGGUGCCAAGAUGACCGCUGAAGUCAAUGGAGAGAAGACCAUUACUGGUGAUGCCCUGAGGGUACAGGACGGCAAUGCUCACCCUGCCCCUCUCUCGCCUGUCAAGUCGAAGAGCCCCGUGGUCAGCCCGGCCGUCAAGGUCAUGCCCAACCCGAUGGACUCGGGCCCUGUUCCCGGAAAGGAGAGCGGUGUGAUGGACCCUGAGAAGUGGUGUGCGGUCUGUGAGCGUGACGGACAUGACAGUGUUGACUGUCCUUUCGAGGAUGCUUUCUAA